ACUCUAGCUAGAAAAAAUGGGCUAAGAAGUUGCCAAUUUUCUUUGCUACAUAUUUCUUCCACAAAUUUUCAUUUCAACCCAAUUGCAACUUGCAACCAUGGCAUCUCUGCAGCAGAGUAGCCUAACACUUACUACAAAAUUUCCUUCUUUUUGUUCCUUCUCUUCCACUCCCAACACCUUGAAGUUUCUUCACCCUUUCCCUUCCUCUGCUAUUUCUCUCACCGCCACUACACCAAAACGAAUUUCUAGUUUCCUGCCUAAAGCUGCUGCUUCCACCGCUGCUUUUCCUCAAGACAUUGGUGAUGUACUUGCAGAUGUUACAAUUUUCACUGCUACUGGUCAGUCCGUCAAGUUUGAGGACCUUUGGGAUCAAAAUGAGGGAGUAGCUGUUGUUGCACUUCUGAGGCAUUUUGGCUGUCCUUGCUGCUGGGAACUUGCUAAAGCACUCAAAGAGACAAAGGAGAGAUUUGAUUCUGCUGGUGUAAAGCUAAUUGCAGUUGGUAUUGGUGCUCCUAACAAAGCACGUAUUCUUGCUGAAAGGUUACCAUUUCCAUUGGAUUGCUUGUAUGCUGAUCCGGACCGUAAGGCAUACGAUGUUCUAGGCCUGUAUUAUGGCAUUGGCCGCACAUUUUUCAACCCAGCUAGUGCUAAAGUGCUCUCUAGAUUCAAUGAACUGCGGGAAGCUACGAAGAACUACACCAUUGAAGCAACUCCUGAUGACAGAAGUGGUGUCUUGCAGCAGGGAGGGAUGUUUCUGUUCAAAGGGAAGCAGUUGUUGUACGCAUGGAAGGAUGAAGGGACCGGUGACCAUGCUCCUAUGGAAGAUAUCUUUGAUAUUUGCUGCAAAGUUCCUGUUGCAUAACUACUGCCUUCAAUGUGUGUUUCAUCUCUGUUCCAAUUUCCAAGGGAAGUAGAUGUAUAUAUUGGUUUAGUUUUCCAAUUGUAUAUGUUGUAUGUAAAUCUGGAAGUCGUAACUAAGGCCUCAUUUGGUACGAGCAAUAAGGGAUAACUUUUAAUUUUAGGAUGGGUUGGGAUAAAAUCGUGAAAUAACUUGUUCCCCAACCAAACAAAAUGUUAUAUAGUGCGCAUAACCUUUAAUAUAUGAGGAGAAUGAGAGGUAAAUAGUCCAUGUCAAAAUUUGAAAGUA